CCUCUUAGCAUCAUGGGGCUGUAGCGAGGUUUAAUCCAGAUUACGGCUGACCGUAUUUUUGUUGUUGUUGGUGUCUGUUCCCUAGCCGUCAGUGUGUCCUUCACUACACAUCCAGGCAGCAGGACAGGUUAGCUAGACAGGAUAUACAGGAUCCCAUUGGACUUAACACAACCACUAGCAAUCCCAACCCAACGGUAGAAGCCAGGGAAGCAACUAGUCUUAUUUACAACAAUAUAAUAUCUAUAUAUCCUAGUACAGCAGAACUCUACGGAGCAAGAUGUUCCUAAUCAAGACCAUGAUGCCUAACCCGCUGGCUGGUUUGAAUCCUAUGGGUGGAGGAGAGGAGGAAACGGAGGCGGCCCCUGCAGACCCGGCCAAAGCAGCAGGGAUGACACGCGAGGAGUAUGAGGAGUACCAAAAACAGUUGGUGGAGGAGAAGUAAGUAACCUGCCCUCACUGCCAAGUUACCUCCAUUUUGUUUUGGUGUUGUUGGAUCAUGAAUGGCUAUGAGAGGAACAUGGCUGGCUAACCCUACAGAAUGUAACCACCACCACUAUCCUAGCUGACCUUGACAAGCACCAUGCAGGAAUUCUGCAGGAAAUCACCUUGCAAAUUAUUUGUUAAUUUUAAAUAUUGUUGUUUUGUUGAAUUCAUAACUAUUUCAUUUAUCAACAUUUAUUCCCAUUGUUACAGUUUAUAAUUUAUGUUCAUUUUGCACUAUUUAUUUUCUUAAUGGUUUUGUCACUCAAGGUCAGAAUAACUCAAACUAUAAUUUUCAGCAUAUUUUUAUUUCUGUAAAAAGACAGACUUGUUGCUUGGGUACCAAAUUUCACCCCUACCUACCAACCAACCACGACCACCAUUACACAAUUAAUCUCUGAUCAUUGAUCCUCUGCUGUGAUAUCAACAAUGUUGUUUUUGAAGCCAGACUGGCUUACCGACAUUGAAUUUGAAUAACACUCAAAAGGAUCAGUGCUAAAAUAAAGUCAAAUAAUCUGUAAAAUAGUCUUACGUUUUGAAAAGUGAAUAGAUGUUCAGUAGCUACUACUAUCUCAUUUAGUACCUGAACUAUUAAGACCCCAGGAGGAAUUUAAAAUGGCUGCUGAAUUUGACCCAUGAUGAUUUAACUGCGACGGUGUAGGAGGAGCUUUGAUGGGGAAGUGAAAAAUUAUAGAUCAAAAGUAAUCUUACUGCUAUGUCUAUCUCAAAUAAUUUCAACACUCUGUCCAGUUUAUUGGUCCAUAUCCACAAUUAAAGACCGGGACUAAAUGUCAAACAGGAGGAAGAGCUCUUUACUGUCGUUUCACUGCCAUGGCGGCCAUUUUGUUUUGUUAUGUAAAAUGAUGUGGCUGCUGCCCAGUAGGGCAUGUUCAGUCACUGUUCAAAACAUUAACUCACAAUCUGUGGAUUCUAUUCAAUUAGAUAGAUUCAAAUUGCAUGUUAAACAUAACAGCAUAGUUGAAUGAUAUACUGUAUGGCGCAUAGAAAUACGAAGAGGGUGGCCAGCGGAGAUAGGUGGGAUGGGCUGAGGGAAACUGAGGGUUGGGAUGUGGAACUGGAGACAAUGGAGGGAGAGGUUCUCGGAUGGUUGAGGGGCAGCUCUCGGGGAACUGUGGGGGGAUCUUGGAUGGUUGGUGGCCUGGUGGUCAGGAGCUUGGGCCGGUGGCCGAUAAGUCGCUGGUUCGGGUCCCCGUUUUGACUUGGUGGGAGAUCUGUUGACGUGCCCUUGGGCUGGGCACUUGACCCUGGUUGCUCCUGUGGGUCGUUCUGGAUUGGAAGUCUUUUAGAUGACUGAAUGUGAUGUAAAUGUUGAGCGGCUUCACUGCAGGGAGAUUGUAUGUUUAGUAUUCAAUAAAAUAAAUACAAUUUAAAAUAAAAAUAGAAAUGUAAGCAAUCAACAAAUGAGUCCACAAAGGUUACAUUAUUUGUGUGUAAAGAUGUAAUUUCUUUAUUGCAACAAAAUAUAGCAUAGCCUUAGCCUAAUACUGACAUUUUCCGUCAGUGUUGAUGUUUUACAGCAAUAUAAUCUUCGGAUGGACGCUUCAGCCAAACCAGAUUAUGUAACCAGAUUAUCUCUUCCUCCCAUGAUUUAGCGAACAAUUCUGUUGUCAUCUGGUGGAAAAUGCCCACACAUUUACAUUACAUCAGAUGCUAAAUGUUAGCGCACUUUAUUUAAAGCCUGCAGUUAUAAUGCAUUGUAAGACUUGUCAAGAGCAUGUAUGACCACCUUAUAAAGUCUUGUAUUCCUAAUUUUGUGUUGGGUGUCUCGGAGCAGAGCAGAGCAGGAGUUAGAGUUAUACACUGAGUGUACAAAACAUUAGGAACACCUUGCUAAUAUUGAGUUGCACCCCUUUUCCCCCAUAGAACAGCCUCAGUUCGUCGGGGCGUGGACUCUACAAGGUGUCGAAAGUGUUCCACAGGGAUGCUGGCCCAUGUUGACUCCAAUGCUUCCCACUGUUGUAUCAAGUUGGCUGGAUGUCCUUUGGGUGGUGGGCCAUUCUUGAUACACAGGGGAAACUGUUGAGCGUGAAAGCCCCAGCAGCAUUGCAGUUCUUGACACACUCAAACUGGUGCGCCUGGCACCUACUACCAUACCCCAUUCAAAGGCACUUAAAUCUUUUGUCUUGCCCAUUCACCCUCUGAAUGGCACACAUACACAAUCCAUGUCUCAAUUGUCUCAAGAAAGCCUUCUUUAACCUGUCUCCUCCCCUUCAUCUACACUGAUUUGAAGUGGAUUUAACAGGUGACAUCAAUAAGGGAUCAUAGCUUUCACCUGGUCAGUCUACGUCAUGGUAAUGUUUUGUACACUCAGUGGCUGUGUUGGGUGAUUUGUCCUAAUCUUCAACCUUGUCCUAGCCCUCAAUCUGGCCAACUAAUAAUCCUCACGUUUAAUUGGCUAGGGGAAACAGUUCCCUCUCCACAGCGACCAAUGAGGUUGGCACAAAAGGGCCAAGAGAAGGGUUCAUGUCCCAGAUGACUCUGGUCAAAAGUAAUAAUAUGUUGUAUUGUCACAUACACCAGAUAAGUGCAGUGAAACGGGUAGUUUUCCAGGGUCAGCCAGGGGUCACCUUGUCUGCUCAGGUAUUCAAACCAGCAUCCUUUUGGAUAUGGGCCCCAACGCUCUAACCGCAAGGCUAGUGCAUUAUAUAGAGAACAGGGUGGCAUUUGGAACGCAACCAAGGAUUCUCAUGAUGAUUAUCCGAAAGUCAAUACACUAAUGAGUUGACCAUGCAUUGUAUAAUCUGAUUGGCCCAUUGGCCUAUUGGCAUGGUGUGGGUUGUGUAAAGCCAGAAUAAUGACACCGGAGGAAAGCAGUUGAAACAUUGGAAUCAAUUAUUAUCAUUGGAGCCAUAGAGUUUGCAGCUUUUGCUUUUCUAAACAGGAGGAAAGCAAGCAGCACUUUAAGUGAUACAACCAUAUAUAGCACAACCAUACAAAUAUUUAUUAUAGUAGCCAGACAACCAUACAAAUAUUUAUUAUAGUAGCCAGACAACCAUACAAAUAUUUAUUAUAGUAGCCAGACAACCAUACAAAUAUGUAUUAUAGUAGCCAGACAACCAUACAAAUAUUUAUUAUAGUAGCCAGACAACCAUACUAAUAUUUAUUAUAGUAGCCAGACAACCAUACAAAUAUUUAUCAUAGUAGCCAGACAACCAUACAAAUAUGUAUUAUAGUAGCCAGACAACCAUACAAAUAUUUAUUAUAGUAGCCAGACAACCAUACAAAUAUUUAUUAUAGUAGCCAGACAACCAUACAAAUAUUUAUUAUAGUAGCCAGACAACCAUACAAAUAUGUAUUAUAGUAGCCAGACAACCAUACAAAUAUUUAUUAUAGUAGCCAGACAACCAUACAAAUAUUUAUUAUAGUAGCCAGACAACCAUACAAAUAUUUAUCAUAGUAGCCAGACAACCAUACAAAUAUUUAUUAUAGUAGCCAGACAACCAUACAAAUAUUUAUUAUAGUAGCCAGACAACCAUACAAAUAUUUAUUAUAGUAGCCAGACAACCAUACAAAUAUUUAUAUAGUAGCCAGACAACAUACAAAUUUGGUAGCCAGACAACCAUACAAUAUUUAUAUAGUAGCCAGACAACCAUACAAAUAUGUAUUAUAGUAGCCAGGACAACCAUACAAAUAUUUAUUAUAGUAGCCAGACAACCAUACAAAUAUUUAUUAUAGUAGCCAGACAACCAUACAAAUAUUAUAUAGUAGCCAGACAACCAUACAAAUAUGUAUUGUAGUAGCCAGACAACCAUACAAAUAUUUAAUAUAGUAGCCAGACAACCAUAACAAAUAGUUAUUAUAGUAGCCAGACAACCAUACAAAUAUUUAUUAUAGUAGCCAGACAACCAUACAAAUAUUUAUCAUAGUAGCCAGACAACCAUACAAAUAUUUAUCAUAGUAGUCUGCCCAGCCAUACGUCAUGUUCUCUUUUCAAAUUCCGGAAGCAUCAUGUGACUGAACAGUGAGAAUAUGUAGUCUGAACCUCUUUACCUAAACCCAUCUGAUGGUUUACCCAUGACACAACGGGACAUGUAGCACAUUGUUAGGGUCAAACUCCAUAAAGCCCUGCAUUAACUUGCUACAUUUGCAAACACUGUAUAUAUAUUUUCUAUUGUGUUAUUGACUGUACGUUUUUGUUUAUUCCAUAUGUAACUCUGUGUUGUUGUUGUUUUUAUCGCACUACUUUGCUUUAUCUUGGCCAGGUUGCAGUUGUAAAUGAGAACUUGUUCUCAACUGGCUUACCUGGUUAAAUAAAGGUGAAAUAAAAAAUCCUCUUAGCUUUAUGGUAUCAUGUGUUGCAUUAGUUUGGUAUAUUGACUGUCCCUUUGGUUGAAACAAGAUCAUACUCAGACCAUUAUUGUGUUUGAAUACAAAUGAAACAAGUAUACAGUAUAUGCAUGCACGCAUAUAAAGUUAUCCAUGAUGUGAUCACACUAUAUAUAAAUUAAUUAAUCAAGCAGUUAAUCAAUCAUUUAUUUUCUCUAUUGUUCAGGAUGGAGAGAGAUGCUGACUUCUUACACAAGAAGGCUGAGAGGGCAACUCUGCGGGUGUGUCUAAGAGACAAGUACAGGCUCCCAAAGGUGAGAAGCCAUUCCUCCCGAAUUACAACCUCUUCAGCCCCCCCUGUCACUAGUCACGCUCUAGAGUAGGUGAUUUCAAUUUUAAUUUACUUCCUGAAUUCUGCACUGUUUUAUGUUACAUGUUUACAUACUGUAGAGUAAAUGUUCAGAGAGCAGUUAAUUGCCAUUAAUUGCUCAGAUGCAGAGACCUUUGGAUGGAACAAUGAGGUUAUGUAGACUACAAUUGUACUUCCUAAAUUGACUGAAUGGAAAUGGACUCUAACCUCAACCCUGGUGAACACCUCAAUGGUUAAGCCUGACCUGCAGUGGUUGAUGUUUACAGGCUAGAUGCUGUUUUCAUCCCUUGGCAGUUUCCGUUAGGCCAUACAGCGGGAGGUGGAGGUGGCUAACUGCCAUCAGAUUAGGGUUAAGGCAAGAUGUUCGAUAAAAGACCUGGAGACUUCACAUGUUAUCCUAUAUUGUGCUGUGGGCUUAGAACGAGGCCAGAGCCAGAGGCCAUCUAGGUGUUCAAGCUAGGUGUUCAUGUGGCUUUGGGGAGUGAAGACAGUGUUGGUUGACCGACGUUGACAGACAGAAGAACCACAUCUAGGUUAGAUUCUGUAGAAGAAUCUACUGAAUCUGUUUGGAUCUAUUGGGAUCUAUUAAAAGCUGUUUGAUAAGGAAGUGAUUUUUAAUCAGGUGUUAUGACGAGCGGAAAUAAGGUACAGUUGUAUUCUGAUUUUAUAUACGUCAUUACUGAAAGAAAAGGUGAUAGUUCAAUGUUAUAACGAUUUUAUUUGUAUAGCUAUAUUACCUCUACCAUUUAUAAAGCUGUGGUUACAGUAGCAAAGAGCAGAAUAUAUAUUGAUAUUAUUUAUGUAUUGAAAAGAAAUCAUCCUGACUGAGGUGAACGUAAAUGGCUUCUGUGUUUGCUUUUUGCAGAAUGUCUCUCACAAGUAAUUCAGUUCAAUAUUCAAUCUUCUUGUUAAUUAUGUUCAUUUCUAUAUGUGGAACGACACUUUAAAACAAUAGACAACAUAUUAAUACGUAUAUCAUCAAUAGGUAUAGGUUCAGUUGUUUUGUUUUCAUGUUAGUUUAAAAAUAUGUUUAUGUCAAAAACUUAUACAACCUAUACAACGACUAUUGAGUCCAGCAAGUAUAGUUUCACCAUGACAAACCCACAUAAAGGUCCUUUUAAAUUCGAUUAAAGGCAUUGUACAAGACAGCCACCACAACUGAUGAACACAAUGAAUGGUGAAAUAACAUGAUUGUAUAUGUGACUGCAAAAUCUGGCAUGUUUAAGUAAUGGAAUUAGUCUCUUGUGUAAGACUGUGGCGGACAUCUUUAGAAUCCUCACACCUGGCCGGCGUCAUGGUUUCCAACGGAAAGGCUAACGCAGGUUUCAGAUCAUCCUUCCUGGAGUCUAGAAUGUAGGUUCCAAUAGGGUCUAGAAUGUAGGUUUCAACAGGUUCUAGAAUGUAGGUUUCAACAGGUUCUAGAAUGUAGGUUUCAACAGGUCCUAGAAUGUAGGUUUCAACAGGUUCUAGAAUGUAGGUUUCAACAGGUUCUAGAAUGUACGUUUCAACAGAUUCUAGAAUGUAGGUUUGAGGUUCCAAAGAUAAAUCAUCAUUCUUCUUCUUCUUCUUCUUCUUCUUCUUCUUCUUCUUCUUUAUUGCAUUAAGUGUGUUCAAACUAAGGACCCCUAAGUGACCAUUUGUUUUUACCAGUGACAUGUGCACCAGUGAGGUGUUAAAACAACACUCAUCCCCUGCCUUGCGGGAGAGACAGGUGUGUAGUUGUAGCAGGAUACCAGGCGGUGUCAGAGGAACAUCCAAAAAAUGGUCAAAGACUCCAGCCACAGUCUGUUCUCUCUGCUACCGCACGGCAAGCGGUACCGGAGCGCCAUGUCUGGGACCAAAAGGCUCCUGAACAGCUUCUACCCCAAAGCUAUAAGACAGCUGAACAGUUAAUCAAAUGGCUACCCGGACUUUCUGCUUUUCACCCCUACCUACAGUACAUGUACAUAGUGCUUCAAUAAAUCACCUAACCAAACCUACAUGUACAUAUUUACCUCAAUCAAUCACCCCAACUACCUCGUAGCCCAGUACACUAACUCGGUACCGGUGUUCCUUGUAUAUAGCCUGUACAUAGCCUCGUUACUGUUAUUUUAUCGUGUUCCAAUUUUUUUUACAAUCUAUUUGGAAAUGUUCUUACUUUUUUUAACUGCAUUGUCGGGAAAAGGUUCGUAAGUAAGCGUUUCACAGUAAAGUCUACACUUGUUGUAUUCGGCGCAUGUGACAUAAAAUUAGAUUUCAUUUGAUGUCUCUCCAUGUCUUUCUAGCUAAUCUAACAUCUGUCUCUACAGAGCGAGACAGGAGGAUAGAGGUUGUCUGUCUGUCUCGGUAGCUAAUCCAAUGUACUGCAAAGCACUUUGUGACAACUGCUGACAUAAAAAAAAAUCAGUUAUGAAUGAAUUUGAUUGAUUUAUUUGAUUGAUUUCCUUGAUUGAUUGAUUUAUUGAUUGAUUGUCUGUGUUGGUCUAGCUGUAGUAUGGUGUCUUUCUGUCUCACUAGCUAAUCUGAUGUCUUUGUUGGCCUCUACAUAAACAGGAGUGUAGUAGGUUGUUUAAAUCUGUAUUGGUCUCUCCCUUUUAAAGACCGAGCAACAGACAGGAGUAGUAGGUUCAGGCUGUCUGUCUGUAUGUCUCACUAGCUAAUCUAACGUCUGCAUUGGUCUUUUAGUGGGAGCAGGGCAGCGAGCCAUAACUAACAAUGCUAGCUAAUGUAACAUCUCUAUUGUUUCUCUAACAGAGCGAGCAGGACGGUAACAUGAUCUCUGUCUGUCCUACUAGCUGAUGUCCUGACUAAUAAUAAUAUUACAAGCUGUAAAAUUAUAAAAUGUCUGUAUUGGCCUCUACUCUCUCCAGAGCGAGCAGGACGACAACAUGCUGGCCAUGGCUGGAGACGACGUGGACGUACCCGAAGAGCUGCUCAAGAUGGUGGACGAGGAUGCCACGGAGGAGGAGGACAAGGACUCCAUCUUGGGUGGCAUUCAGAACCUCCAGAACAUGGACAUGGAUCAGCUCAAGGAGAAGGCCUCGGCCACCGUGACAGAGAUGAAAGCCAAGGCAGAGGAGAAAUGCUCUGUCAUGUAAAUAAAAUAAAAUGGAAGAUUUCACUUCAUGAACAGCCGGUCCCAAUUCGUUCCCUACCCCGAUUCGAUCCCUUGGCCCUAACCUUUCAAUGUUUGCAGAUCUGAAGGUGGAAGAAAUAUGGCGGAAGCUUUACCACUACACUGCUUAUACUUAUUCAGACCCUUAGACAUGCUAACAUAGAGGUGUAAGGGAACAAGGGAGUGAUUUAGGAGCGACUGUAAACAAACCGAUCCUAUGAGAGUCACUCUCCACCCAGCAGACCUGGGUUUAAAAUAAGUAUUUGAGCUAUUUUAAAGCCCCUAUACUCAACUGGUGGACCGCGGUCCGGAACUAUUUAUUAUUUUUUAAAUGUAACUCGAUCGGGCUUCGACCCCUGGUAUCAUAUAAACACACAUAAGACGUGUAGAAUUGCAGGAAAUUAG